UUUUGUCUGUAGAGGAGAGGAAAGACACCCAACUAUGGUUCUUCGAGUCUAACCGAUGACUCUGAUGUUGUCUAAGCUCAAGCCAAGGGACGUUUUUUCCAACAACUUUGGCUGCUGCUCAUGUAGGUGAAUGCAUUAGCUUUGAUCAAGCAGUCAAUGCAAGGACACAGUCCCUGGUCAUCUUUGGUCAAUCAUCCGGUCAGUCACAGCUGACCCAUGGAGGACAGAACAGAUAAUCCGAUGGCUGUGAAGGUAGAGAAACAUUCUCAGUGUGUCAUCCUGACUUACUUCCAUGGAGACAUCAACAGCAUGGUGGAUGCUCACUUCAACCGUGCUCUCAGCAAACCCUGCAAGGCCAAGGCGCCAUCAGCAAAGACAAAGAAAAUACGUAAAAUGAUAAAAAUGGAGGACAACAUCCCCUGUCAUGGGAGAGCUGUUGACCCUUACUCUGAGACACAGGUCCCUCCUGUAGCAGGACGCCUCAUGCCCUUCAGCCCUGCAGACGAUGCUCCUGAUGGGUGGCACUCGUUCACUGCAAGGACAGGAGAGGGCCCAGGGCUGCCGUCCAUUCCGUACUCCCUGUCCUCAGAAGGGCUGAGUCGUACGGGACAGGAAUACGCUACAUCCCUGCUCAACCUACUGCAUAAUGAGCGAGGUGAGAUGGGACCCAGCAUAGCCUCCAGCUCCAAGCCAGAACUGCUUUCCAGCUGGGCGAUGCCACAAGGAUUUAGAGAGUCUGUGGAUCCUAAUGGGGGCUUUGAACCUGGACACCGUCUGGACAAGAAGGACUUGUACUGGUAUUGAACAGAAAGCGCCUGGUGCAGCAGAGGCAGAGAACAACCAACAUACCUGUGGCUCUGUAAAGCCACCAGGCUUUCUGUUCACUCCAGUAGCCUUCAGAUAUUUUUUCUCGUCAAACAGGCCUGACUGUCACCUGAGAGUACACACACGGAAGAAACAGCAUCGCAUCCAUUCCCUGCUGCGCUCUUUCCAUUUCUCAGUAAAAUGACCUCAGCACUUCAGUAUGUAUUCACUUGAACAAACUUCUUCUGAAACGGGACAUUCUUUGACAAACCUGUUCUUCAACUCUGUCACUCUUCUUGUAGAUCUCAGAGCACUGUAUAUGUUGUUGCUCUCUUUGCGGUGGAGUUGGAAGAAGGGCUUUUAUCAGGCAUUCUCUUAGUGGGCCUACACCAGUACAUAGACCAGUAUUAAGUUAAAAUAUAAACAUUGUGAGCCUCUUGAGUGUGUAAAUAUUAAUGUUAAUAUCUGUCCACAGUUCACCUUGAUGAGUUUUACUUGCUAUGAGACUAUUUUAUAUAUCAAAAUGAACAAAAACAUGAAGGAUAGUGAUGUUGUUGUGACUUGUUUUCUUAGUGUAAUCUUAAACUUACAGUAUAUCAGGGGGUGUCAUGAACUAUACAAAAAUCUAAUCAUAUACAAACUUAAAUAAAUAUCUGAGCAGACGAAUACAAAAUCUCUCAAUUUGAUCACAGAUAGCUAUUUACCAUAAUGUGAAAUACAUCAAAAACCAUAUUUUAUAUAUGCAUUAGGCAAACAGCACAACAUGAUAAUAUAUAUAUAACACCUAAUGAUGUACUGCAUAUAAAAAAUACAUAAAAGAUAUAUGAUAUGUGUUUCUAAGUACAUUUACUCAAGUACUGAACUUAAAUACAAUUUUGACAUACUUGUACUUUUUCACUUAUUUAAUUUAUUUCCAUUUAAUUAAACUUUAUACAUCUACUCUAUGUUUCAGACGGGAAAUGUUGUACAGUUUACUUCACUGCAUGUAUCUGACAGCUAUAGUUAGGCCUACUGGUUACUUUUCAGAUUCAUAUUUAAAAAUGUUUGUACUUAAUGUACUUUUACUUAAAUGUACUACACGGAGUUUUUAACUGGUUAUGAAACAGUCUCAGUGUAAUAUUGAUGUAUAUAUAUAUGAGCAACAUAAACAAACAAGACCAUGAAUGAGAAGAUUGGUUAUUUCUAUAUAGUUAUUUUUAAUUACUUACUUACUCAAUUUUUUCAAGUCAAAUUCUGAAUGGUGGACUUUUACUUGUAUCUUUAUAGUGUGGUAUUGCUACUUUUACUUCUAAUAAUUUGAAUACUUUUUCCACCACUGCAUAUGAUUUAUCUUUAUGUUUCAAUAUUGUGGAAACUCAAUGUGUUCAAUAUUUAAUAAAUAAAGGAGACAUCAUGAAAAGAAUAUAUAUGAAUAGAUACAUACAUGGUCUGAAUAAACAGAUGGGCCAUCAUAUACUGUAAGCGGUGUAAUGCUCUGUUUGUCUUGGAUGGCAGAAAAAAACUUAAUUAAAAAUGGCA